UUUACCAACUAAACCUAAAUAAUUGUUUUUUAGGUCGCGAAAAACACGUAGAAAGCUCGCGAAACUGCAGUCCGCCGAAAUGCGCAGUGCAUCGGAAGGAAGGAGAGCUGCCUGGAGUGAGCGGCUGAAGCGCCGAGCAUGCAGAGGCAGGCACACCACCAGAACCAGUCGGCUAGCCCGGACACUGCUACCACCGCACUGCCGCCCACUGCGCCUGUUUUCGCUUCGGUUUGCCCCAGAAGAGGAGAGCCUGUCGCCCGCCUAUCCAAAGCUCAGCAGCAUCCUUCCCUCCCUACUCCCCUCUCACACUCUCCCCAAAUCCCAAUCUCCCACCACUCUCCCCCCUCUUCCGCCAUGGUCAUGGACAAGUCACAACCGCCGCCGCCGCCUCCUCCCUCCUCCUCGCUCAAGUCCCUCAACAAGGCCUCCUACAAGAUCUCCAAACCGUCGUCCUCCACCUCCGUCUCCUCCGCUCCCGCUCCCGCUCCCACCAUGAGAGCGCCUUCCCCGCCGCCGGCGGCUCCUCGGCCACCCGCACCGCUCCCGCCGCCGCAGGCCUCCUCCGUCCCUGCCGACCACCCGCCACCCCAGCCGCCGGUGUACAACAUCGACAAGUCCAACUUCCGCGACGUCGUGCAGAAGCUCACAGGCUCGCCGUCCCACCUCCUGCCGCCGCAGCCGGCGGCCGCCCCGGCCCCCGCCCGCGCCCCUCUCAUGGCGCCACCACCCCCGCCUCCCCUCAUGGCACCGCCUCAGCCGCCGCCGCCUCCUCCUCCGCCUCACAUCAUGGCGCCGCCGCCGCCGACGGCGAUACCCUCCCGCCUCCACCGCAUCCGCCCGCCGCCGCUGGCCCCGCCGCGCCCGCCGCCCAUCCUUCCGCCGGCGCCGCCGGCGCUCUCCCCGCUCCCGCCGCUCCCGGCCGUCUGCAUGACCGCGGAGUCGCCCAUCUCCGCCUACAUGCGCCGCCUCCGCGGGAUGCCCUCGCCGAUCCACGUGCCCACGUCGCCGCUCGGCUUCGGCUGCUUGCCCUCGCCGCGGACGCCGCCGUCGCCUGGCGUGCCCAUGCCGGCCACCAGUCCCCGCGUCCGCGACCCGUGACGCAGACCGUUGCGCCGCCGCCGAUGUGUACAUACGGCUGGUGUAGGAGAGAUCUGGCGAGGCGGCGGGCGGCGACCAAAGGAGGAAGCAGCAAGCAAUACCUUCACAUUCUGUUAGCUCUCAUCUCUCUCUCUCUCAAUUCUCAAAAGCCUUUAGCUCAAAAAUUCUUUCUUUUUUCUCCCUCCUAGCGUGCUCCACCUGCCUUGAUAUUUUGUUGGUGUAUAUGGGACAUGCGGCGCUUGGUUGGCAACCAAUAUGGAUUGCUCAUGUUUGGCUAAUCUUUUUGUAACAAAGCUUAUGCAAGCAAUAUGUAUGGCGGAAUCUCAUAUCCAAAACUUCUUUAGGAUGAUGAUAUAUAGUAAGUAGUUUUUAUCUUUGAUGGGA